AUGUUCCAGCUGUCGUCGUUUGCAUUCUCAUUGGGAUGGCUACUUAUCGCAGGAAUUGUCGAAUUAAUUCUUUCACGACCACCUUUCGGAUUCCAUGAUGCAGGUAAAUUCUAG